UCUAAUCUCGUAAUCAUGUUUUCUCUUCAGGAUUGUCUAGACCCUAAUCCGUUGAUACGAGCAUUGGCGGUGCGAACCAUGGGUUGCAUCCGAGUGGAUAAAAUUACCGAGUACUUGUGCGAGCCACUGCGCACGUGCCUCAAAGACGAGGAUCCUUAUGUUCGCAAGACUGCUGCUGUAUGCGUCGUGAAGCUUUAUGACAUAAAUCCUCAGUUAGUAGAAGAUCAGGGAUUUUUGGAUCAGCUCCAGGCUCUGAUGUCCGACUCGAAUCCGAUGGUUGUAGCGAAUGCCGUGGCUGCAUUGACCGAGAUUAACAGCAUCAGUAGCAAGCCACUAAUCGAAAUGAACAUCCAGACUGUUAACAAACUGCUCACUGCUUUGAACGAAUGCACAGAAUGGGGCCAAGUCUUUAUUCUUGAUUCGUUGGCGAGCUACACGCCGAAAGACGAACGAGAGGCUCAGAGCAUAUGCGAACGUGUCACUCCCCGAUUAGCCCAUGCAAACGCCGCGGUUGUACUGUCAGCCAUUAAGGUACUUAUGGGACUGAUGGAGUUGAUUGUCGAAGAUGUGGACUUCGUCAACAUGCUGACAAAAAAACUUGCUCCUCCGUUGGUGACGCUGCUUUCCGCUGAGCCCGAAAUUCAGUACGUCGCCUUGCGCAACAUCAACCUCAUCGUUCAGAAACGACCAGACAUCUUGAAGCAGGAAAUGAAAGUGUUUUUCGUCAAGUACAACGACCCGAUAUACGUGAAAAUGGAGAAACUCGACAUCAUGAUUCGUUUGGCGUCACAGGCAAACGUCGCACAGGUCUUGGCGGAGCUGAAAGAGUAUGCAACGGAAGUGGACGUGGACUUCGUUCGCAAGUCGGUUCGUGCCAUCGGUCGAUGCGCGAUUAAGGUCGAGGCGUCAGCUGAGCGAUGUGAGGCAGUUGUCGUGAUCAAGGAUAUCUUCCGCAAGUAUCCGAACAAGUACGAAAGUAUCAUUUCAACGUUGUGCGAAAAUCUGGAUACCUUGGACGAACCUGAGGCUCGGUAA